AUGAAGUGCCACUCUGUGGCCGCGCUCUGGUCGCCGUCACCGCCGUCACACCACGUCACCGCCGCUGCCGCAACCCCGGCCGCGCUCUUCACCGGCGCCGCCGACGGCACCGUCCUCCACUGGCCACUGGCGCCCGCCUCAGCUUCCCCAUCCCCGCGCCCGUCUUCCCUCCUCUGCGCCCACGCUGCCGCCAUCACCUCCCUCUGCCCACUCCCCUCACCGGCCUCCCUUCUCGCCGCCUGCACCGCGGGAGUGCUCUCCCUCUUCUCCACUUCCGCACCCCUCCGCUGCCUCCGCCGACGCUCCCUCCCGCCCUGGGCCGGCUCACCCUCCCUCGUCGCCCCGCUCCCGUCCAUCACCUCCUCCCAUCCUCGCGUCGCGAUCCUCUGCCACGCCCCUGAUGACGGCCACCGUCACGUAUCAGCCCUCGUGGUCGUCGACGCGCGUACCCUCGCCGUCCUCUACACCGUCUUCCAUGGGAUCCUCUCGGUCGGGACUCCGAGGGCGAUCGCGGUUAGUGGCGCCAGUGAUGAUGCAGUCAGCGUUGUGCUGGCUGACGCGCAGGGUCGCGUGCAGGUGAUGCCCGUGGCAGAGGGCACGGCUGUCGAAGUGGAUUCACCCAGGUCUCUCAGCGUGAGCUCAGUGUCCUGCGUCGCGUGCGUGGAGAUGGCGGACGAGAGGGUGGAGGCCUUGGCAUUGUCUCAUGAUGGGAAGCACGUGGCGUUGGUGCUGAAGACGAGAUGUUUGUUGAAAUGCGUCACUGAGGGGACUGUGCUCGGUGAGGUGUCUCUACUGGGUACAUCUCUUUGCAAGGACGAAAACACAGUAGACAAGGUAUGCACUGCUGGAGCUUUUUUCCUCGGCAGUGAUGAAUGGGAUGCUCAUGUUUCGGACGACGGCGUUGUGGUUAGGAACUUGGUGUUGUGGAGUAACAAUGGUGCUGCCACAAUGUACAGGGUUGCUCUUGGUAGCUCAUACUUUGAGUCUGAGGCAGUGUGUGAAAUUCCUAGCAACUUAUCUAUGCAAGGAGAGGGACUGGAAAUUAAAUUUUGCCGGUCAGACCGGCGUCUUGUUAGGGUUGAAUCUCGCUUCUAUAAGGUCGCUGGGUCAUUGUUGUGGAAACCAACAGUCUCCAUGUGGUCUAUGGAUCAGUUAGAACUGAAUAAAACAGUGAAUACACAGAAACCACCUAUGAGCAAAAUGCUUGGAGAAGGUGGCCUUCAGGCAGAAGAAUUUAGGCCAGAGCCCUCUCAUUCUCAAUACAAUACCAUCCGAGGGUUGGAAGUGAUUUCACAGAUGUGCUCAUCAGACAGCAGUAAGUUAGAAAGGUAUGGAAGGACAGUGUCUUCGUCAAUGGUACUUUUUAAGGAUUCUUAUGCCCCAUAUGCUGUAGUGUAUGGUUUCCAUAAUGGUGACAUAGAAGUUAUCCGAUUUCUGAACUUGUCACCUGCUGCUGCAAAAUUUGGUGGUGGAGGGAUUUACCCACAUAUUUCCGAGAGGUUAUUUUUGGGGCACAAGGGAGCAAUUCUUUGCUUGGCUGCACAUUACAUGCAUGCCCACUCUGACUCUAGAAACUUCCACCGAGCACUCAUAUCAGGGAGUUUAGAUUGUACAGUUCGUGUCUGGGAUCUAGAUGCUGGCACCCUUCUUUCUGUGAUGCAUCAUCAUGUUGGUUCAGUUAAGCAAAUCGUACUACCACCUCCGUGGACAUACCACCCUUGGGAUGACUGCUUCCUUUCUGUUGGAGAAGAUGGCCUUGUGGCGCUUGUUUCACUUCAAACCAUGCGUGUUGAGAGGAUGUUUCCUGGCCAUCCAGGUUAUGCAUCAUUGGUAGCUUGGGAAGGAGUAAAAGGGUACAUAGCUUGUUUAUGCAAGAAUCUCCACUCUUGCAAUGAUGCAGGUAGUGGAUUAUAUAUUUGGGAUCUGAAAACUGGUGCUCGAGAACGUGUUAUCAAUGGCACUGCUUCUCAGUCAGCGUUUGAGCAUUUCUGCAGUAGUAUAUCGAAAAAUGCAGUUACUGGCAGCAUCUUAGGAGGAACAACUUCAGCAUCUUCCUUACUUGUUCCAAUUUUUAAAGACACGAGCCACCUUCGGUCUCAUGCAGAUAAAAAUGGUCAUGAUAUUUCAUCUGUGUCAACCAACCUUCACAACGGAAGUACAGUUUCCGUGACUGUAAAUGCACCUACAACAUAUGAUUUUAAGGGGAAGACGCCAGCUCCAGAUGAAGCUCAUGAAUUCCAUGGAGAUAAUUCUGUAUACAAUUCAGGAAAGGCUGUUUCUUCCCACAGUGUCCAUAAUAAAAAAAUAAAGUGCCCAAUAAAGUGCUCUUGCCCCUAUCCUGGCAUUGCAAGUCUGAGGUUUGACCUCACGGCGAUCAUGUCAACACAAGGCAUGACAAACACCAAUAGUGAUAAGCAGUUGAAAGAUCAUCUCCAUAGUGAGAGUCCUAAAGAAAUAUUGCAGCCUGGAACUUUAGAUAGUCCUUCUCGUGUUCAUGAAAUGGAUAGCCCCUCUAGAGAGUCACUGGAAGGGCGUUUACUUCGAUUUAGCCUCUGUUUUUUGCAUUUAUGGGAUGUUGAUUGCGAGCUAGACAAAUUGCUUGUAGAUGAGAUGCAAGUUUGCAAGCCAGAAGGCUGCCAUAUAGCAACUGGGGUGGUAGGAGACAGAGGCUCAUUUACAUUGAUGUUCCCAGGCAAAGAAGCCACUCUUGAGCUUUGGAAGUCUUCAGCUGAAUUUUGUGCCAUGAGGUCACUGUCUAUAGUGUCUCUUGCUCAACGCAUGAUUACAUUAUCUCGUUCUUGUACAAAUGCUAGUAGUGCCUUAGCAGCAUUUUAUACAAGGCAUUUUGCUGAAAAGGUUCCGGAUAUAAAACCUCCAUCCCUACAGCUUCUGGUGAGCUUUUGGCAACACCCUUCGGAACAUGUGCGAAUGGCUGCACGUUCCUUGUUCCACUGUGCAGCUCCCCGUUCUAUUCCACAACCACUACGAAUAAACAAAAAUAAAGUGGCUGAUGUCCCUUUGUCUUCAUCAGAUAAUAUGAAUGAUCUUAUCUCUGCUGUGCAGAGUGCCUCUGUAUCCAAUUAUGGAGAGUUGAAGGCAGAUGAUCGAAAUGUUGAUAAAGAUGAUAGUGACACUGCUAAUAUGAUCUUAUGGUUGGAAUCAUUUGAAAAUCAGGAAUGGUUAUCAUGGAUAGGAGGCACAAGCCAGGACGCAGUGGCGUCAAAUAUCAUAGUUGCAGCUGCUUUGGUUGUUUGGUAUCCAAGCGUUGUGAAAGCUAAACUUUCAAGUUUAGUUGUUAGUCAACUAAUCAAGUUAGUUAUGUCGAUGAAUGAUCGAUAUAGUUCAACUGCAGCUGAACUUCUAGCAGAGGGAAUGGAAAACACUUGGAAAGCAUGCUUGGGUGCUGAGAUCACUCAUUUUAUGAGUGAUACCCUUUUCCAAAUUGAGUGCCUAAGCACUGCACCUUCAAGCAAUGCCAUCAAUAAAACUGCAGUGGCCGUUACAAUGCGGGAGGCAUUGGUUGGCACACUUUUACCAAGCUUGGCUAUGGCUGAUGUAACAGGAUUUUUUGGUGUAAUAGAGAGCCAAAUUUGGGCUACUUCAUCUGAUUCACCUGUUCAUGUCGCUUCACUUAAAACUAUUAUCCGUGUGGUUCGAGGUGCACCGAAGUCCUUAGUCCCUUAUCUCGACAAGGCAAUCAGCUACAUUCUACACACUAUGGAUCCAAGCAAUCUAAUAAUGCGAAAAGCUUGUAUUAUUAGUUCAAUGAUGGUUCUAAGAGAAAUGGCACGUGUAUUUCCGUUGGUUGCUCUCAAUGAGUCAAUGACAAGAUUAGCUGUUGGUGAUGCUAUCGGAGAGAUUCAUGAUGCUACAAUUCGAGUCUAUGACAUAGAAAGUGUCACAAAGAUAAGAAUUCUUGAUGCAAGUGGACCACCAGGUCUUCCAAGCUUACUUGCAGGAUCAUCAAAUACAACAGCAACCAUACUGAUAUCAGUUCUGAGUUUCUCACCUGAUGGAGAGGGUCUGGUUGCCUUCUCUGAGAAUGGAUUGAUGAUAAGAUGGUGGUCAUUAGGUAGUGCCUGGUGGGAGAGGCUGAGCAGAAGCCUUACUCCUAUUCAAUGCACAAAGCUUAUCUAUGUUCCUCCAUGGGAAGGAUUUUCACCUAACUCUGCUCGCUUAAGUAUAAUUUCUAGCAUUUUAGGACAUGAUAAACAUGGAAGGACUGCUAUUCACAGUCCAGGAUGGGCCUCAUCUGUUUCAUGCUACAGUUACAGAACUGCUAUUCACAUGCAGCGCCCAGGAUGGGGCUCAUCUGUCACACCAUUGAGUUCCAGAGUUCAGGAUGCUUUUAGACUAGCUUGGGACACGAGGGUGGCAAGGGAAGAUGGUUCAUGGUUGCAACGUGGUCCGUAUAUGUGGUCUCUGUGCAGCGAAGUCUCUCUGUACAGCUCUGCCGAUAUUUUUUUUCCUCUAUAA